GAUGGACAUUCUUCGGCCCGGCCCGAACUAGAAUGCAGGCCCGCCGAGACUUGUUCGGAGACGGCUACAAUGCCGCUGCAGAGUUUGUCCGACGGUCUCUGCUUGGUCCGACCGAACUCCCCCACCCUUCUCCCCGAGCAAAACAUGGAGUCCCUCCACAGAGCUUCACUCCAGCUCCGCUUGCUCCCUCUCUGUCUCUCCUCACCUCCCUCGAGAACCCUCGUCUACCGCACGCUGCUCGAGCCCGCGGCUCGGCAGCUCGGCACGGACUCGCCUCCCAAGUUCAGCCUCGUCUUCACGCCUCGGAGGCGUUACUGCAACUCCCCUUCGAUUGCGAGGGCGGGAUGGCUUCUGGGUCUCGCGGGGGACAAGAAGAAGAGCGCGGGCCUGCCCGAUAUCGUGAAGGCCGGCGACCCAGUCCUGCACGAGCCGGCCCGGGAAGUCGACCCGGCAGAUGUCGGGUCGGAGAGGAUACAGAAGAUAGUCGACGACAUGGUGGUGGCGAUGAGGAAGGCCCCCGGCGUCGGGCUCGCGGCUCCCCAGAUUGGUAUUCCUUUGAAGAUUAUAGUGCUAGAAGAUACCAAAGAGUACAUAAGUUAUGCACCAAAGGAAGAGACUAAAGCACAAGAUAGGCGCCCAUUUGAUCUCCUGGUAAUCUUGAACCCAAAGCUAAAAAAGAAGAGCAAUAGGACCGCCCUUUUCUUUGAGGGCUGCCUCAGUGUUGAUGGAUAUAGAGGAUUGGUGGAAAGAUAUCUCGAUGUGGAGGUUACAGGAUUGGGUCGCGAUGGUAAGCCUAUCAAGGUUGAUGCUUCGGGUUGGCAAGCUAGGAUAUUACAGCAUGAAUGCGAUCAUUUGGACGGAAUUCUCUACGUGGACAAGAUGGUUCCAAGAACAUUCAGAAUUGUGGAGAACCUGGACUUGCCUCUAGCGGACGGGUGCCCCAGACUCGGUGUAUGUGGCUCAUGAUCAUAGCCAAGUAGGAAGUCAAGGUUCUGAAUACUCAAACUCAACCACAUUUGUUUUAUUGCAAUUAACAAGAGCCAUGCAUGAUGCUGGGAGGAAUCAUUCUCGGAUCACAAUCACAUAACUUGGAUAUAGCUGGUGUCUUGAGGAUGUGUAAGUGUGUGCCGUCAUUGGUUGUGCAUGUGGAAUAAGAUUUAGUGAGCAGCGAUCCUUCCUAUUCCAGCGCAUGAGCACUUGGGUUGAGUUAUUCAGGUAGCCCAUUGAUAUUUGAGGAUGCUGCAAAAGCUAAGAACUUGAAAAUCUUCUGCUGUUAUGGAAUUCGUUACUUCAGUUUUGAUCCGCCAAUAAUUGUUUUAGUUAAAUAAUUUUGUGUAGUCUUUCUUUUCUUUUGUAAUAUUUGCGCUGGUAAUAAUUGUUGUGAUACUUGCGACUUCCACAUGUUUAUGAAGGUUCUUUAACUGCUGGUCA